AGGACUGGUCUCUUUGAGGUCCGCGGCGGUAUUUCCGGAGCCUGAGUUUGAGGGGCCGGGCGGCCCGGGGGCCAAGGCCGAGAGGAACCGAGAGAGGAGGAGGAGGAGUGGGGGCGAAAGGGGCUCCCGAUGGCGGCCCGGGACUACGACCAUCUCUUCAAGCUUCUCAUCAUCGGCGACAGCGGAGUGGGGAAAAGCAGCCUCCUUCUGCGCUUUGCAGAUAACACUUUCUCAGGUAGCUACAUCACUACAAUCGGCGUGGACUUUAAGAUUCGCACAGUGGAUGUUAAUGGAGAAAAGGUGAAACUUCAGAUCUGGGACACAGCCGGUCAGGAGCGUUUCAGAACUAUCACCUCAACUUACUACCGGAACACUCACGGUGUGAUCAUUGUCUAUGAUGUUACCAACCCGGAGUCCUUUGUCAACGUCAAGAGGUGGUUGCACGAGAUCAGUCAGAACUGUGAUACCGUCACCAAGAUCCUAGUGGGCAACAAGAACGAGGACCCCUCCAGGCGGCAGGUGGAUUUCGCCGACGCGAAGCGCUUCAGCGAGCAGAUGGGGAUCUGCCUCUUCGAGACGAGCGCAAAAGAGAACACUAACGUGGAAGAGAUGUUUAACGCCGUCACCUACAUGGUCCUGAAGUGCAAGAAGGACAACUUAGCUCGACUCCACCAGCAGCAGAACGAGGUGGUGAAGAUUAACAAGCCGAAGAAAAAGCCUGGUGUCAAGAAAUGCUGCUGAUCUGGG